AUGCUGUCUGAGGAACUGGAGAUCAAGAAUGUCAUCAGAGUCCAGCUCGUGCGGCAGGCACGGCGGCAACAGGGAAAGAUGUGCUCCGACUUUCUGAGCUUUGUCUCGGAGCGGGCACCCCUUGCAGGCAAAAAACAGGACAACACGUGUGACUGCUACGAGGAGGACGAGGACAACACCUGUGACGCUACAACGAGGACAACCGCGCCAGCUGUGAAGCUGCUGAGGAGGACGAGGCCAAAACCUCUGUUCCUGGCCUUCAACCUGUUCAGGGACACCGUGAAGCUGGUGCUGCUACAGAUGCCAUAUCGCCAGGCGAAGCACAAGGCCAUCUUUUCUGCCGCUUCGGAGCCAGACAAGGCCAAAGCCUUCAUCGAGGUCCUUGGGAAGACCAAGAUUUUCGCGAAGCAGGCGGUUAUGGUCCGGCUGGACAAAGCAAGGGACAUGGCCGUCUCAACGUGG